GGUCUCUAAUUUAACUGCAAAAAUGGGCCAAUACUUUCCGUUUUGAACUGGAAGUGGAAGCUCAUGAAGGACAGAAUCCUGUAUCUAUGGGGAGGCCUGUCAGUCUUCAGAGAUCCUUACUAUAGGUUUAAUGACCUGGCCUUCAGAUGGAUCUCCUUGGAUAAUUGGACAUACAGCAGAACAUUCAAAGCCCCUUUUGAUGUCAGCAAAUGGCAGAAAGUGAAUUUGGUUUUCGAGGGAAUAGAUACAGUAGCGCAAAUCCUGAUCAAUAAUGUCUCUGUUGGGAGAACGGACAACAUGUUCAACAGAUAUAGCUUUGAUAUUACCAAUGUGAUCGAAGAGGUCAGUUUUAUUGAGGUCCGUUUCUUAUCAGCCAUUUCAUAUGCAGCAGAGCAGAGCAGAUCUCACAAAGCAUACAGCGUGCCUCCACAGUGCCCUCCACCCGUGCAGAAAGGGGAGUGCCAUGUUAAUUUCCUCAGAAAGGAGCAGUGUUCGUUCAGUUGGGACUGGGGUCCCUCUUUUCCCACUCAAGGAAUUUGGAAAGAUGUUAGAAUUGAAGCCUAUAAUCUUUGUCACCUGAUCUACUUCACCUUGACUCCCAGCUACGUGAAGAGUGCUCAGCAAUGGAGUCUUGAAAUAGAGUCUGUUUUUGAUGUAGUCAGCUCGAAGCCAUUUGCUGGUCUCGUGACAGUGAACAUUCCUAAGCUGCAAACACAGCAGACAUAUACCACAGAACUUCGUCCUGGAGAAGGCAGAAUUGUGCUGCUUGUAAACAUCAGUAAGAAUGCUACAGUGGAGACUUGGUGGCCAAGUGGCCACGGAAACCAAACUGGAUAUGACAUGACAACAACUUUUAUCCUGGGAGCAGGAUACAAGAUUGAGAAAUACUCAAAGGCUUAUUUUCGAACAGUGGAACUGGUUGAGGAGCUUGUACCUGGGUCACAAGGCCUGAGUUUUUACUUCAGGAUCAACGGACUCCCCAUUUUCAUUAAGGGAUCCAACUGGAUUCCACCAGAUUCCUUUCAGGACAGAGGUUCCUCUGAUACGUUAAAGCUCAUCUUGCAGUCCACAGUUGAUGCUAACAUGAAUGCACUUCGUGUAUGGGGAGGAGGAGUGUAUGAGCAAGAUGAAUUCUAUGAUAUCUGUGAUGAACUAGGAAUAAUGAUUUGGCAGGAUUUUAUGUUUGCAUGUGCCCUUUACCCAACUGACCAGAACUACUUAGAAUCAGUAAGAGCAGAAAUUACUCAUCAGGUAAAGAGAUUAAAAUCUCACCCGUGCAUCAUUUUAUGGAGUGGAAACAAUGAAAAUGAGGCAGCAAUUGCAGGCAACUGGUUCUCCAUACCACAUGCCAAGAUGGAAGUUUAUUUGAAAGACUAUGUGACACUUUAUGUGAAGAACAUCCAAGAAGUUGUCCUGUCUGAGGAUAAAAGCCGUCCUUACAUUGCAUCCAGUCCCACAAAUGGCCAGGAGUCUGUUAGAAAAGGCUGGGUCUCCCAGAAUCCUUAUGACACCCAUUAUGGUGACACUCACUUUUAUGACUAUCUCAGUGACUGCUGGAACUGGACAGUGUAUCCUAAAACUCGGUUUGCUUCGGAGUAUGGAUUUCAGUCCUGGCCCUCCUUUAGUACACUGGAAAAGGUCUCCUCUCCAGAGGAUUGGUCUUAUACAAGCAAUUUCUCCCUCCAUCGACAGCACCAUGCAGCUGGUAAUGAGCAAAUGCUUCAUCAGGCUGGACUUCACUUCAAGCUGCCCCAGAACGUAGAUCCCUUAAAAAUGUUCAAAGAUACGAUUUACCUCACUCAGGUUAUGCAAGCCCAGUGUAUAAAGACAGAAACGGAGUUCUAUCGGCGCAGUCGAAGUGAGAUAAUCAAUGGAGAGGGACAUACAAUGGGAGCACUGUACUGGCAGCUCAAUGACAUCUGGCAAGCCCCUUCAUGGGCGUCACUAGAGUAUGGAGGCAAGUGGAAAAUGCUCCAUUACUUUGCCCGGCACUUCUUUGCCCCAUUGUUGCCUGUGGGCUAUGAAGAUAAUGAUGUGCUAUACAUCUACGGUGUAUCGGAUCUUCAUUCAGACUCUGAACUGACACUUAAAGUCAGUUUGCACCAGUGGAGUUCCAUGGAGCCAGUGUGUACCCUUGAAAAAGAGGGUGUGACCAUUAAGGCAGGGAGUGCUGCCCCCAUUUACAAGGAGCCUAUAAAUGACUUGCUGAAAAGAUGUGGGAAUUGUACCAGACAGAGCUGUGUUGUCACCUUUUCCCUUAUGGGAAAAGGCAAGCUCCGCAGUCCUGACAACUAUCACUUCCUGUCUUCGCUGAAGGAUGCGGUGGGAUUGGAGAGAGCACAGCUCAGUGCCACUAUUUCCCAGCAAGGUGACCUGUACGUUUUUGUUCUGCAGACCACAGCAGUCACUCCUUUUGUUUGGCUGGAUGUAGGGAGUACACCUGGCAGGUUCGAUGACAAUGGCUUUCUCAUGACUGAGAAGAGAAAAGCUGUGGUGUUUUAUCCAUGGAAGCCCACCAGCAUCAAUAAACUUAAAAAAUCAUUCAGCUUGACUUCCCUGAUGGACAUUUACUGAGGAAGUUUCCUGUCCUUUAUAGGCAAUGUUUCCUAUAGCAGUAGCAGAACAGAAACCGGAAAACUUCAAAGGAGUGUAAUUAAGGCUCCAUGUUUGUCACAGAGGUUGCAAGGAGUCAAGGAUUCUAUUACUUUCCGCCACCUCCAUGACUUCUGCAGCAGCCAGUGUGGCUGAUCCC